UGUUAAGCCCAAUCAGUGCCUGCUGCCUCCAGGCCCAGGGGAUCUGGAGUGAUGUUACUCAAUGCAUCAUGCUGCUGAAUCCCCCAGGGGCCAACACAAUGGAAUGAGCUCUCUCUGCUGACCUCUGAGCCCUCUUUAUGGCACUAGAAUUGACUCAAGCAUUAUCAAUCCUGGCAGAUUAACUAGUGAGUUUCUAUAUCCCUUCUAAUCAGCUUUACCAGCUUCCACCAUGGCUUCUAGUGACCCCAGUGCUGCUUCCCCAAAGGAUGAGGAGCAGGAGAACAUAGCAAACCGGGUGGCCAACCUGCCUUUGGUCAGCUCUGCCUACGACAUGGUCUCCACGGCCUACACCUCCACCAAAGAGAGCCAUCCCUACGUCAAAUCCGUCUGUGACGUGGCAGAGAAAGGCAUGAAGACCAUGGCCACGGCUGCGGUCAGUGGUGCCCAGCCGAUCCUGAGCAAACUUGAGCUGCAGAUCUCCACAGCAAACGAGUAUGCAUGCAGGGGGCUGGAUAAGCUGGAGGAGAAGCUGCCAAUCCUUCAACAGCCAACGGAUAAGAUCAUCUCCAAUACCAAAGACCUGGUGACUGCCACGGUGACUGGGGCAAAAGAUGCCAUGAGCAACACCAUGACCGGGAUGGUGGAUAUGACCAAAGGGGCUGUCCAGGGGAGUGUGGAGCUGACCAGAUCAGCAGUGACCAGUGGUGUGAACACAGUCAUGGGCUCAGCGGUGGGCCAGAUGGUGGUGAGCAGCAUGGGUGCUGUGCUGGGCAAGUCAGAAGAGCUGGUGGAUCACUACCUUCCUAUGACUGAUGAGGAACUAGCUAAACUGGCCACAUCUGUGGAAGGCUUCGAAAUGGCAUCUGUGGAGCAGCAGAAGCAGCAGCAGAGUUACUUCGUACGCCUGGGGUCCCUGUCCUCCAAGCUCCGCCACCGAGCCUACCAGCACUCCCUGGGCAAGCUGAGGCAUGCCCGGCAGAGCACCCAAGAGGCUCUGUCCCAGCUCCACCAAACCAUAGAACUGAUUGAGCACACCAAGCAGGGUGUUGAUCAGAAGCUCCGUGAUGGCCAGGAGAAGCUGCACCAGAUGUGGCUGGAGUGGAGCCACAAGCAGCCAAGUCAGAGAAAGGAGAUGGACUCUGUGCAGCCAGAGGUAGAGGAGCAGGCGCUAGUCAUGUCCCGCAGCCUCGCCCAGCAACUGCAGACCACCUGCCUGACUCUGGUGUCCAGCCUGCAAGGCCUCCCUGCUGACCUCCAGGACAAGGCGCAACUGGUUCGUCACCAUGUUGACGAACUACGUGCUUCGUUCUCCGCUGCUGGCUCCUUCCAUGAUUUGACUGGCAGCGUCUUGGCCCAGAGCCGUGAACGAGUGACCAAGGCCCGCAAGCUGGUGGAUGAGCUGAUGGAUCAUGUGGUGCAUAAUGUCCCCCUUUCUUGGCUAGUGGGACCCUUUGCCCCAUCAGGCAAGCAGCAGGAGGAAGUGGAGAUGGAGCAGUGUCCUGCAGAUUGAGGACUCAAAAGAGGCUCUCCUAAGCAUAGAGCUUCAUUUGGGACAGGGAGGGGUUAACUCAUGCCACUUGUCA